CCUGCUUGAGGAUUGAUGAUAUGAUGUAUAAGAAAAGCGCUUGCUGUCCCAUGAUAUUGUCCUGGCGGUGUCUCCUGGCGGCACCGAAUAAGCAGGAAACACCACAUCAGCCUCUGUUCCUCCAUCCCUUGCUUUCCCUUUGCAACAGAUCAGACUCAAAUAGUCUCCUGGCGGCCAUCACAACAUCACUCACAACACCCUCACCCACAACGCCAUUGCCAUUGCCGCCACCAAACCAUGCCUCAUUCCAGCGCUCCCUACCAGCCGUACGCCGAAAGAUACGUCGAUGGGCCUGCAUCUGGUCCAACGGCCGCAGACAUUGUGAAAGAUCUUGGCCUCGAGGGCAAGCUGCAAGACAAGGUCAUCUUCAUCACUGGAGCAUCGGCCGGUCUCGGUCAAGAAACCGCUCGCGUUCUUCACACCACCGGCGCAAAGCUCUACCUCACAGGUCGUGACCUCGCCAAAGGCCAGGCAGUGGCGGAUGCACUCGUCGCAAGCAACCCCAGCGGCCAAAAGCCCGUCUUGAUCGGCUUGGAGUUGGACAACCUCGAGAGCGUCAGGAAAGCAGCCAAGGAGUUCCUCGAUCAGGAGAAACGCCUUGAUAUCCUCGUGCUGAAUGCUGGUAUUAUGGCAGUCCCCGAGGGCCGCACCGUCGAUGGCUUCGAGACUCAGCUUGGCACCAACUACUUUGGCCACUUCUUGCUCUUCCACUUGAUCAAGUCCACCUUACUUGCCGCCGCUACUCCACAGUCUCCCAGCCGUGUCAUCACACUCUCCAGUGCAGGUCACAAGGCCGGAGGCGUCUUCUUCGAUGACCUCGACUUGAAAAGGCAAGGCUACAACCCCAUGGUCGCUUACGCCCAAAGCAAGACCGCCACUAUCCACUUGGCGAACUCCAUCGAUCGUCACUACAGCGCAUCCGGAAUUCGUGCUGUUUCCGUGCACCCAGGCAUGAUCUUCGAGACAUCACUCGGCCGCCACAUGUCGCAGGAAGAGAUUGCUGGAUUCGCUCCCAUGGCACCUUUCGCGAGACCUCUUGCGCAGGGCGCAGCGACCACUGUCUGGGCGGCGCUCGAUCCUCACUUCAACAAGCAAGGUGGUGUGUACCUCGCCGAUGCUGGUGUCUCAAGCGCCGCUACCGCAGAUGAGCACUUUGCUGGACCUGGAUAUGCUCCUCAUGCCUUUGAUAAGACGGCCGAGGAGAAGUUGUGGAAGCUCAGCUUUGGUGCCGUCGGUUUGUCGGAGGAUGGUAACUAGAUGCCUUGUUCCGAUGUUCUUGUCCCAGGGUUCGCAAGAAGGAGGCUCACACUGCUAGCUGUCCUUUGUUGGAGGGUUCAAGGGGGGUGUCUGCUGCCUAGCGCCAUGACCUUUACCCACAUGAGCUACCGCAGAGUGCAUCAGCGCUCUCUUCUGAGCACUCAUCUGAUGGUUUCUCUUUUCGAAAUCAUACUGUAUGCAGACUAUCUAGCUUAUGACAAAGCCUGGCCAUGCCCAGGCUAUCUCUACUUCGGGUUUCUCUAUG